ACUUAUAAUAAGUGUGGCAGGCUCACCACCAGGUGGAAUGUUCUACGAUUCCAACAUGUACAGCACUCCUUUGUCAUUACUUCAACUCCCCCCAACUGCCCUUCCAGAAAUAACCCAAAAAUUGACCCAACAAGGUAAUACAACUGCCAGAUUUUCCCAAGAUGGAAAGAACCUGGAAGAUCUAAAGGGCGUUGUGUCUAACAGCGAUUACCAACAAGCCGCAGAGGCAGAAGUCGACGUAGGCUACGUCUGUAAGAAGUGUCAAUUGGUCCACCCCGCUGAAAUACUAUGUCUCAACCACCAACGCUCCAGCUGUUUCGCCAAUAAGGCUGCCGGAGAAGUCACCAAAGCUAUUUUAAGAUUGGUACAAGUUCAGCUGGAAUGUCGAGCAUGCAGAGAGAGAUUCCCUACACUUCUUGAUUUCAAGUUCCAUUGCAAUGCAGAAAGGCACGUCAAGAGGGUGCACAAGCUACAAAGAAGUGAGCAGACAACACCUCCCAAUUCCAUGGUACCUAAUAACUCUAUAGUACCAUCUAAUUCUAUGAUGCCACCUAAUUCCAUGAUGCCACCUAAUUCUAUGAUACCACCUAACUCCAUGGUGCCGCCGAAAUUGCCAUCUUGCUCUACAUCAUCGCAUUUCGCUGCAACACCUGUGGCACCUUCCAUGACACCUCCUCGCCUGGCGCCUCCACCUCUUCUCCUCCCCCAAACUGGAAACGACGUCACGACUCGAAACGGUCCGGAUGUUACAUCUCAACAUCUAAUGUUUUCCUCCGAUUUCCGUAAUGACCUCGACAGUGCCCUAAGGCUCGGUCUCGAAGCUUCUUCACUGGACCUUCCCGCCUCUACCAAGGCAGGACUUUGUUUUACUGGUGAAGCCACCCUCAGUCCAGAAACCAAAAGGCUCUAAUACCGGACAGCACUUCCUAAGAUUAUCAUGCAAUGGUUAAAGUAUUACUAAAAGAAAAUAAGAAAUGCAGAAUCUAAUUCCUAUUAAACAAAGAUUCGGACGUUUUGUGUGACUGUUGUCUGCGGCAAUAAGUUUAUUGUCCUGAUGUUUUUAAACAUUUCGUGACAUUAUUUGUUUUCAUUUCAAAGCCUCAGAAGCCGAGCCCGGGCCAAGAGGGUACGAUCGCGACUGAGUUUCCUAAAUAAAUAUAUACAUAUAUAAAUAUAUAUAUAUAUAUAAUAUACAUAGUCUACUUUCUGACUACCCCUUGGCUGCCUCAAACUGCCUGUUCUGUCCUUGGCAGAUAUCAAGAGUUCCUAGAAUUGAGAAGUAGCUCAAGAAUCGUACGUAGCGAAGUGGUGGACCAAUGUAUUCGCUGCCAGAGAGUCACCAAACUGUGAAAACAAAGCUGCAAUCGAACGUUAUGCAAAAGCAUAGCUUCGGUGCUCACCGAUGUCGUUACGUUUCCUAUUGACCAGACGGAGCUUGAUGAAAUGCGUCAUCACCUAUUAAAGAGAAGAGAUUUUUUUGAGUUUCUGUACAUAUUUGUUAAUUUAACCUUCAGUUGUUCAUUUCUAACAACGGCAACUAAUAAACACUCGUUACGACAUGAAACCAGUCAUUAAGUUCCUUAUGAAAGAGUUUCCUUUGUGUAUGUUAUAUUACCAGCUAUAUAUAUAUGUACUAUAAAUAUUUAAGAACUUCGUUGACGCUUUUCUGUUAGACAUGAUUUAUUUAAUUCGGGAUCUUCGUUGGAGAUCAGCAAUAGUUAAAUCCUUCGAAUUAUUUAUUUCUUCGUUGCGAGUAUACAUUUUUGGACAGUCUUGAUGACUACUACAAAAACUGGGAGAUUGAGCAUCAAGACUCUUUUACUUCAUUUAUUUUAGUAGUAGGCACUAAUGGAGAUAUCUACAACAACAUGCUGUUCGCUCACGUGAUAUCUAGAUGUUUUUCUUUUUCUCGACGGUACAAUUCGUUUUAGUGCUAGAAAGUGUGCUUUUUCGGUAGGUGUUUUUGCUUCAACUUUCAGUUCCUUUCUCAAGUGAAAGCCUGCACGAGAUCAUUUCGAUAAAAAAAGUGUGCUGUUUGUUUAUCCAGUGGUAGAUGUAGUUGCCUGAGUGGUCUUUCAACAGGAGACAACAACUUCAUUAACCCCUUUGAGAACGGUACGAGGACUUUUCUGCUUGCUGGUUCCUUAAAAUAAAAGUUGCAGCUGAACAAUUCCUCACAGAACGAGAAUGCUCGAAAACUUUUACCGGAAAAUAUAAACUUUUAUUAACUCGUGUGGAAAUGAGAUACUGUCUUGAUGUGCCCACAGUUUGAUACUAUGACACGUUCCUGCGGAAAAAAACAUAAUAUAAUCACUUAGUAGGCACACAGUCAAUAACAUUUACGCUGUAUCUUGUGUCCAACCAUUGACCAGAGGUCAAGCUAAAAGUUCCUGUGUUUUUUUUACAUCGAAGAGGUUCUAUUUGCAACUCGUUCUAUUUGAUGUUCUCCUUUGAAAUUAAAAGAAAAAAAAAUAAACCAACAAAAAAAUAGUGUUUGUGUAUGUAUGUGUGCGUAUACGUGAGCGUACAGGUUAUAGCGUGAGCACAUGUGUUUUGUCCCCAGUUCAAAGGAACACUAACGCACUAAAUCAUCAUCAGCAACUUAAAUUACUGAGGGAAAACAAAGAGUUGGUGUUAAGGGACAGAAAAGUUAUAGCUUCAAGUUUCGAGUAUUGUCUUCAUCAUUAAGAGUUAAUUUUAUAUCACAUGAGACGUAUAUAAAACUCUAACUACUGUCAUUUGACAAAUGUGCUUCGUUGAUUUUAUCAUUUGUGAAGUUCCUAAAGAAUUUAUAAAAUUGUACUUACUGUUUUUCCUGGUCAUAAUGCACUUUUAAUUUUCGAUUUUAAGAAUCAUCUGUAAUGCAGUGUGGACAAUUAUUAUUAUUCACGUUUUUGAGUUUAUUUGUGUUAUGAUAUAAAUGUCUGACAGAAAUGUAUUUUCAAUGGUUAAUUGUUGUCUGUGAAUGUAUUCUUUAAAUUUUUUGAAAAAGACGUUUUUCACAGCUGAUUGAAAAUUCCUAACUUUCAAUGUUCUUAUUGAAAAUUCCUAACUUUCAAUCUUUUAAAAAUAAUAAAAGCAUUUUCAACGGUUGCCUAUAUAAAGUCAGUUAUUUGACUCUAAGCGUUUAAGAGUUGGGAGCAGAUGUCUAAGUUCCUGAACAAAGAGAAAAAUUAUUCAGAUUUUUUAAUUUUUAUACUCCAAAAAUUUCUAGAUUUCGAACUGCAGAGUUUUUCCUAUUGACAAUCCUCUGUUCGUUUUCAAAUAUUGUAUAUUUUUUUAUGAAAAUUACAUAAAUGAUUUCACUAUAAAUAUUUCUCAGUCUUAUUUUAAUUUUGAACAGUAAUAUUAAAAUAUAAAAAUUAUUCUUAUUUUAUGCACUUUGAUUAUGUUUUCUAUUAUAAUUUAUUUUUCUAAGUAAUAAAACUUUAAGAUUUUUUUUUGUUAUAAGCAUUAUAAUUUAUCCUAUUUUAUCGAGACUAGAAAUCAGUUUCAAUUCACUCAAUAUAGUUACAGACUCUGUCAACAUUCAAAUUUAUAUUUUUUAGCAAGCAUACAAUAUUUCAUAACUGGUUUUGAGUUCCUGAUGUAUCUCUAAAGAACAGCAUACAUAAUAUCAUCCUAUAUUUUAUCUGUUACAUAAAAUGCGAAAUUUAAAAGAUGCACAACUAUAUUGCUGUUUAAAAUUCAAGAUUUGUAGUUUAAAAAACAAACAAACAGUUUCCUAAAAUCAUUUAACAUUACGUAUGUUCCUCAAAGCAUCAUUAUCAUAUAUACAAUUUAAAACUAUUCACUAGAUAGCAGAAUUUAGCAUUCUAUCAUGGCGUUGUUGUAGAUUUGAUACUUCACACAAAAAAAUUUCUUUUUUUGUUAUUAAUUUUACUCAUUAAAAGAUGAAAUGAUUCAUUACUGAAAUUUGCAAUUAUAAAUGACAGAUAUUUUUGAUGUACAUUCGCUACCAGAAACUCUUUUUUGAAGGCAACCUACGAAAGUUCAUGUUUCGGCGAUGACAUAUAUUUCGAAAAGUUCUAUCUUUUAAUUUUCUGUUGUGUUUCAUGACAAAUGUGAUUUUCAGUUACUUGCAUCUGAUUUCAUUUGCGAAGAAAAUAUAUUCCACACUGUUAUUGGUGUGUGCUCAUCCAAUCAGCAUGCUUAAUUGCUGCGGCCAUCAUCCAAUGAAGAUGGUUGAACCAGUUCCUAAUACUAUAAGAUCUCCGAUGAUGUUGCGAGACCUAACUACAAGAUUAAUGUGUAUAGUACUAUAUAAUAUAAUGCUUGAAGUCUUGUUAUUAUUCUACAAUUAAGCCUUGUACUAUGUCGGAGAUUGGAAAGAUAAAUUUGACCAAGUUCAAAUUUUUUUUAAUAAGAAGUUAUAUGUAGGGAAAUUGCAAGUUGACAAGGAUGGAAAUGUAUAUGACAUGAAACUAUUAGGGGACAUUAUUUUUAAAUGCAGCUGAAUUUACCUUUGAGCAAAAAAUGAAACUCUAACUAUUUCAGCUGUGUUAGGGAAAGAUGCUUAACUUGUAUGGACUUUUAAUAAAUUUUGGAAGGAAAAAAAUUAUUCUUGAUUUUACAAAAUAAAAAAAAUAGAAAUAAUAAAUAAAUAAAUGUCUUUCUAAUAAAUGUAUAAAAAUUUGAUAAAUUUUCAUGUAACUUAUCACCAAAAGCAUCAUAUUAUUUAAUAAAUAUUUAAUUAAAAAUAGAAAUGAAUUUAUUUCUAAAUACUUUUAAAAAUCGAAAUAAGUCUGAAAUCUAACAAGUGAAUUAAUUAUAUAAAAAUGAACAGAUAAACAGUCUUUACUAAAAAAGAUGUUUAGUUACAGAUUUCAAAGUUCGUUUAUGAUAUAAAGAGUAUAAAAUUAUAAAUUUUCAUUAAGUCUCAUAAAUCUGAAAACUCUGGUAUUUAUCUGAUGUUGCUUCCAUGCAAAAUAUUAAAACAACACAUAAACAAGUUAGAUAAUAUUAAUGCUGAGAACCUAAUGUAUUGUAUCUUUCAAUGCAACUAUUUGAUUUUAAGAUUUAUUUUUCAGUAGAUACAUUGAAUCAAAGAUUUUUUUAUUAUUUACGAAUGAAUGAAAAUUAAAAAAUAAUUGCAAAUAAAACAUGAAAAUAAAUUCUAGUUAAUUAAAAAAAGAAAUUUUUAAAUCAUUAUGCUGUUGGCUUUGGCGAAAUAUUUGUACUAUAAAAACCCACUAUCAAAAGAGAAAUGGUUUACAUUAUACUAACAAUAAUCGUUUUAAAAAUUUAACUAUUUCUGAAUUUAUGACAUGUUUUAUAAACUUUCUGAAAAUAGCAAGUUUGUAAAAUAUACCAAUAAACAUCCACGCAUUCGAUCCAUGACCGAAUUUUAUCAAGUACACGAAGUCAUUCCCACAGGUUUUUUCAGCUGCAUUUAUUUUUAAUUGUAGAGUGUGUUUUUCUUUACGAUUCUGUUCAUUUGCAACCCGAAUGUUCCUGUUUAUGAAUCCUAACCGAAUUGGUGUUAUUAAGCAACACAAAGUAAAAACAGCAAGUAUCUUUUAGUGAUGUUAUCUAUUUCGAUGUUUACAUGUUCGUGUAAUAUCAUGCUUUAUAAUUUUACACAAACCGAUUUCAAUGCGUAUAACUUUCAUGUAAAUUAUAGAUUUCAAUUUUUGCUACUGUGUACUGAUUUUUUAAAAAUGUAUAUAACAUGAAAGUAAAUAUUUGGGAUCAAAACUGUUUGGUUCAUUUCAAUUAUUUUGAAUAAAUAUUCGAUGUAUUCAACAGAACUCAGUUUCUUUUUUAUUACUAAAUAAAUUUAAGAUGAUUAUUUCAGAAAUUCGUGAAUAUUUUAAAUGAAUUUAUAAAUAUUUAUUAAAUUACUUUUUUUAAGGAAAAAAAUCUGAAAUAAUUAUUUUGUUUUUGA